GUGCCCACAUUCACAGAGCGAUAGGCAAGCCGAGCGGUUCGAGCAGCAGCCACCAAGUUCCGGAAAGAUGUCCAUGCAGCCAGCCCCAACAGGAGAUAACGAGUAUAGAACGCGGCAGAGUCCUGGCAUUCUUCUAGCCACAACCAGGGGCAGUCACUGGAUUAUGGGCCUGUUAUUCGUCCACACAAUUAUGUCUCUCAUGGUAGUUAAGGUCGCCUCCACAGCAGCUCUGUAUCAACACCAGCAACAACCACUGCAACCACUCAACGACAUUGAGUCCACAGCAGAGACGACACCCAGCGACAGGGAGACCCAGAGCCUGGGCCUGAAUCAGAACCAGAGCCAGAUCCAAAGCAGCAGCGACAUCGAGAAGAUGCGUGCCAAGUUACAGCAACUGCAGCACGAGCAGCAGCAAGAGUAUCUACGGCAACAGCAGCAGCAGUUGCAGCUGCAUCUGCAACAGAUGCAUGCCACGGGAGCUGUUGGCGAAACCGCCUACUUAUUGGAGCGUGCCGACCACGUCGCACCCGCCCCUGCGCCCAUCUACGGAACAUGGCGCACGAAAGCGAGACGGGCCCCACACGCCACCUCGGGUAACGAUGUUGACGAUGGGCAUGUCUACGAGCGCCUGCCCAAGCGAUCAGCGACCAUGACACCUCUUCGUGGCGUGCUGCGCGAUCAGAUGCCCCGCCCGCCUCGCCUAGCCACCCAGGACACGCACCACCCCCAGAUGUCCGGCUCUCCACCGCCGCCGCCCUCAACGUCCCUGCUGAGGCGCCACUAUUCCGAGACGCCGGGCACUCUGGCCAUGCGGGAAGACUUUAAGCCGAAACCCUUCCACUUUCCCUACGACGGUCCCAUGCCCGAACAGUUCACCAAGGGCGAGGCGGAGAGGGAGCAACGCCCGCGGCCAGAGGUGAACAACAUCCAGGACAUCCUGCAGCACCUACACAUAAAUGGGUUGGGUCCAAGCAAGCUGCCACCGAUGGUGAUGAUGCCCACGGGCCUCCAUAUUGCUGGAAGCUUCAAGAACCUUAAGAGCAGCGGUAUCGGGAACUUUUUUCGCAGCAAGCGGAACAAGAAGCAGAUGCAGUUCAGCAUCCCAUUGCCUAUAUCAAUGGGCCACAUGCCAAUGCCAAUGCCAAUGCCCAUGUCCAUGUCCAUGCCGAUGGCCAUGCCAAUGCCCAUGCAGUGGUACGGCCCGGGAGUGAUGUCCCACCAGCGCGUGGCCAUUGAUCAGUUGUAUCCAUACAAGCCACGCUCCCCGCAGGACAUCAAUUUGCUGGCCAUGCAGCAGCUAACACCCAACAAGAACGUGUCCAAGAAGAAGAAUAAGAAAAAGCACCAGAACCAGCAGCACCAGCAGCAGCAGCAACAGUUGACCCAGGGCAACCACAAUCUCCUCCUGGAGCACGGCAGUCAGCAGCACUACGUGGCCGAUCCUUUUGGCCAGCACCUGCCACAGCCAGUGCUCGGCCUAAAUGCCACACGACAGCCGCUGCAUAAGCGCAUUCCCUUCAAGCUGAAUCUGGACAUCUAUCCGGUGAUGCCUCCCUCGCGUCCCGCUUCAGUACUCCGCAAUCCUUUCCAGCAGGAGUACGCGAUGCCUUCGCCGGCAGCACUGACUGGAACCACGGCCGCCGCCUACCAGCAUCUGGGUCCCGGCGUCUACCAGACGCCAUUCAAAUUCCCCACCCAGGCGCCCCAUCCAGGCCACAUGCAAAUAUCCUUCCCCGACCAGGCCCCGCGACUUAGCCAGCAGCAAGCUCUCUAUCAGUCUCAGGCCCACAAAUUUCCGCCUCCCAAGAGCGUGCAUCCCGAUGAGGCCAUCUAUGGACAUGGCCCGGCUUAUGGACAUAGCCUGGCGCAAGGACAAAAUCAGGGCCAGAGUCAUUGGCAGGGCCACAGCCAUGGCUAUCCACAAGGUCAGGGCUUGGCUCACGUUCAGGCUCUGGGUCAAGUUCAGGGACAGGGUCAGGCGAUGGAGUCUCAGUCUAUAGAGUCUCACACGAGCCCCAUUAUGCUCCAUCUGAAUGUCUUUCCCAAGCAGAAGCCCACGGCGACAAUACGCGCUUCCACGAAUCCGUUUUACAACAACAACUUGAAUCGGAACACGAUCUACUCGAGUGAUCUGCCCCCACCCAAUCCCCCGAGCCCCAUCGAGCCGCGUCAGGCAGGCAAUGGCUCUGCAACACCGGCAGCCACUCAUCCGCAACACCAUCAUCAGCAACAGCAGCCGUCACAGCAGAUAUCUCUUAAUCAAACCCAGCAGCAUCAUCAACCGCAAGUGAAUCGCUCCAGUUCCAUCUCUCGCAGCGACCACAUGCCCCUCAUCGACUUCGAGCAUCCGAUUGUGGCCGCCGACUUGCCAGAGGCGCCACAUCCAGCCUCUCUUGUCAGCCACCGGACCGAUCAUCGCCACCACAGGGCGCAGGGGCAUCACCCUAUGGAUGAGCACUUUCGGUACCAAAAGAACGCCAAUAUCGAGCAACUGGCGGCCGAGGCACAGACAGCAUCUCUCUUCCGCUUUCCCGUCGAGGAUCUGAUACAAUUCCACGUGGACGAUGCCCUCUAACCAUUAACUGUAUUAGCUGUAUCACUUUUUUUUUAUUCUUCAGUUAAUGUAGAAGUUAAAUCAUUAUAAAUGG